AGUGUCACCAAACUGCAAUACUUUUAAUACUCCUAGUACGUUGAAACUCUCGUGGCAAACGACACUGAUCUAAGUUCCAAGCACAGAUCAAAUGGAGAGUGGCGGCGCAUUGGCAGGGCUUCACCUUAAACCCACUUAUCACCACCACCACCUUAAGCUUCUCCCUUCUUCUUCUUCUUUCACCUAUGAACGACAUUUUUCUAAGCUUCAAAAGCAGUCACCUUUUGGUUCUUAUAGCUGUAAAUGCUCCAUAAACGAUGGAAGUCCUCUUCAGGUGUCCUCUCCUGCGAGUGCAACACCUGAAUUAGCCGACAUCGAUUGGGACAACCUUGGCUUUGGGAUUAUGCCUACGGAUUAUAUGUAUAUCAUGAAAUGUUCUCGAGAUGGAAACUUUUCUAAGGGUGAGCUACAGCAUUUCGGGAAUAUUGAGUUGAGCCCAUCUGCUGGGAUAUUAAAUUAUGGACAGGGAUUGUUUGAAGGUUUAAAAGCCUAUAAAAGACAUGAUGGUAAUAUAUUGCUGUUUCGACCCGAAGAAAAUGCUCUGCGCAUGAUGAUGGGAGCAGAACGUAUAUGCAUGCCUUCACCAUCUGUUGAACAGUUUCUUGAAGCAGUAAAAGCCACUGUUUUAGCAAAUGAAAGAUGGAUUCCUCCACCAGGUAAAGGUUCAUUAUACAUAAGACCGCUACUUAUGGGGAGUGGAUCUGUUCUUGGUGUUGCUCCAGCUCCUGAGUACACAUUCCUUAUUUAUGUAUCACCUGUGGGAAAUUAUUUUAAGGAAGGUAUGGCACCAAUAAAUUUGGUAGUUGAGACGGAAAUGCAUCGCGCAACUCCUGGUGGAACUGGAGGUGUCAAGACUAUAGGAAAUUACGCUGCAGUUCUGAAGGCACAGAGUGCUGCUAAAGCAAAAGGUUACUCUGAUGUUCUGUACCUUGAUAGUGUUAACAAAAGAUACCAAGAGGAGGUUUCCUCUUGUAAUGUUUUCAUCGUGAAGGGUAAUCUGAUAGCAACUCCUGCAAUUAAAGGAACCAUUCUUCCUGGUAUCACACGAAAGAGCAUAAUUGAUGUAGCUGUAAGCCAAGGAUUCCAGGUUGAAGAACGGCAAGUGUCUGUGGAUGAAUUGCUUGAUGCUGAUGAAGUGUUCUGCACAGGAACUGCAGUGGUUGUAUCUCCAGUGGGCAGCAUCACUCAUCUCGGGAAAAGGGUAACAUAUGGAAGUGAGGGGGUUGGUCGUGUGUCAAAGCAAUUAUAUUCUGCACUUACUAGCCUUCAAAUGGGACUAGCAAAGGAUAACAUGGGUUGGAUGGUUGAGCUAAAAUGAGCUUUGCUAUCUAAGGGAUAGUACCGUCUUUUGAGUUGUAAUGAGCUUUGCUAUCUUUGGAUUAAAGUUAUAUAUACACUGGUAGUUUAUAUAUUUUUCACGCUAUCAGGGCAAUUGUACCACUCAUAGCAGGUUAUUAAUUUAUUUUCAAGGUUUCCGUAUUAGGCUUGUCAUGGAGAAUUACUGUUGUAUGUCAAAUUUAAUUGAUGCUGUAAAAAAUCUAUGCACAGUCCGUGCACAUAACUUCGACUCUUUCCCAUUUAGCUAUAGUUUUUGUGAAGUUCUAGACUUGUCA